AUGACUUCCUCCGUAGACCUCAGGGUCGUACACAGCUCUCCCGCCAGAAGCGCGACGGCUGAUGGCAAGCGACCUCGUUCGAGUGGUGGAAGCGGCGAGUCGACCAAGAAGAAGGGUCUCGGUCUCAAAGAGAUGGAACAGACACUGUCCACUCUCCACAAACAAAACUUCGACCUCAAGCUCGAGCUAUUUCACCGUCGGCAACGUCAAACUACUUUAGAGGAGAAGGUCGAGACAUUAGAGAAGGAGAAAGACGAGGCUGAAUCAAUGAACCAGGCCCUACUUGGUGAGCUUGAGAAGAGAGACAAAGCAGUCGAGGAAGCUGUGGGCAUGAUCGUAACGUUGGAGGCGCGGCUGGAACAGCUUCUGCGAGAAAGAGAGAUGGUUAGACAAGUAGAAGAGGUCGACAACUUUUUCCUGUCGCACUCGAGCAGCUUUUCCGGCGGGCAAGAUGGAGCAACUCCGAGAACUAAGGAUAUGGGAGCUACUGGAUCGCGCGACAUCUCUAGGGAACUGGCCAGGAUGCCCAGCUUCCUCUCCGAAAGAAGCGAAAAUACCGAGAACCUGCGAAACGUCUACUUAGGGGUCCGAGGAAGUGUGUUAAGUCUGCCUAGAGGCGUCGAUGAUGCAAGAGACGGGAACCUGAAUGGGGUUAACAGUCCCAGCUUGAGCGUCUUGAGCGAGAGCUCCUUCCUAAGCAUUUACGGCCAGAAGAACAACCUUGACAGCUCAUCGCCGCCGGAUGCGGAACAGACAACCGCACUCGAUGGAUCUUCCGAGAAGCCAACCGUUGUUAGGACAAGGAAUGGCAGAAGUUCAUCGGUAUCGCGAAUCGUGACGCCAACUAGGAUGCGCCGCUCGGGGUCCUUAGGUCGAACGAACACCAUCAGUGCCUUCUCCUCAAUCAAUGAUGUCCUGGAAGUCGAUAACCAGUCACCACUACAGCGACUGGAAAAACUAGAGAUGACGCUCACCGCUAUGGACGAGGCUUCGCGACCGCCUACGCAAGAACGAAGCAACCAUGAUGCGGCUCCACGUCAAUCAAAGAACCAACCGUCACGGAGAACGAAAGAGGAGAAGAGAGAGGCUCUGCGCAAGGUCUUAACUGAUGCGCCUUACUCCAAGGACAUCAAUCAUGCCCAUAUUCUCCCGCCUACUCCAGACACCAUCUCCACCUCAACUCUGACACGUUACAAGAACUCAAAUGACACGCUGUCACAGCAGCGGUCCGUGACAAAAGAGAGAAGCUAUCUAGCUCUCUCCGAGUCCACGACAGACCAUUCUGCCAGCGGGGAGAGGAAGUUCCUUUCCACCACAGGAGCUCCAACCUCACAGCCGGCAUCGACAUCCGCAUUUAGCAACAGGAGGGAAUUCUCAGGCGGGAGCUACUUUGAAGACCGUCUACCCAUCCCUCAGCGUCCCCGCUCUGCAGAUGAGACUACAACCUCUCGCCAUCUCGGCGGUAAUGGGUGGGACUCGGAUAGCUACGACGACUUCGACGACGCUGCCUCCGCCGCUUCAAGCUUCGAUUAUUGGAUGCGUGAGAGCAUGAAACCGAACCGCGCUCUUGCGAACGCAGGGCAUGGCCGGAAUCUGGGUCGUGUAUCUCCCGAUCUCUUCAGCUUCCCGUCGGGAGGAGCAGGCUGGGGCAACAAUGACAUGUUCGCGGGAGGCUUCAUGGGUAGCGCCAAUGCCCCGUUGGCUCCCACACUCGAUGCUCUAGGAGCAUCAUUGCCGACCCCGCAGGCUGGCAUCUUCGGUUCUGGGAUCGCGCCGGCGCUUACCAAUGGGACUUAUGGCCCACCUCCGCCGCCGAACAGGCGCUCCAGUCUCCAUGCUCGUACGGGCUCGUCUGCCCCUGGCACGCCAUCCGUCGCAUCUCGUCAGGGCCCUGUUAAUGUAGCGCCCCAGGUGCAAACGCAGGACGGUCAACAAAAGCGUCAUUAUCCUCCGAACGCCAGCCAACAGACUACACAGUCCCGAGGCCGGGGUCUGAACAACUUGUUCCGGCGUUCAAUCGGCUCUGCUCCGCCAGACAACCACGUUGUCCCUGCAUCAGCCCCGCCAACUGAGUCGUCCUUCCCGGCUGCCGUUAAGAACGGCCCGGUACCGAUGGUUGGUGUGCCAUCGUGGGGCAGACGGGCUGAUUUGAUGGACGAUGAUCGUGCCUCGGCCACACCACCUCCGAUCAUGCGGAAUAGAGGCCCCGGGCGAGGCAGUGUGGGUGGCGACGAGGCCGAGAUGGCAGCUGCUGCGUCUGCUGCGGCGGCCGUUGUGGGUACAGACUCCGGUCUAGGCGCGGGCUUAGACGAAGUCAUGGCACCCCGAGAUGGAGGCGCACCACUAGGUCUCUCACCUUCUGCCACUGCGCCGGAAGUGGCUGCGUCUAACGUGGUGGUCAACGCACAGGGCAAAAAGAGAGGCUUCUUCGGCUUGGGGAGAGUGACGAGUCUGCGAAAGGGCGCGCCUUAG